AUGCCGCAUCGCGGUCGUCUAAACAUCCUCGUUGACUUGCUAAAGUACUCGCCUCGCGCCUUGUUUCAUAAGCUGCAGGGCAACGCUGAAUUUCCAGAGGAUCUGCCAGCGUCUGGCGACGUGAUUUCGCACAUUGCCAAUUCGCCCAAGCUCAACUAUGGCUGCAAGAAGGACCUUCACGUCACCAUGCUGCACAACCCAUCGCAUCUGGAGGCUGUCAACCCGGUUGUUGCUGGCUAUGGACGCGCAAAGCAGAUGUACCUAUACGACAACAAUACUGACCCUGGAUGUGCACUCGGCGACCGCCUCAUGGGAAUCCAGAUACACGGAGACGCAGCCUUCACCGGACAGGGCGUUAUUAUGGAGACGCUGGGACUGUCCAACCUGCCUCAUUUCAGCCUGGGCGGCACCGUACACAUUAUCAUCAACAACCAGAUCGGCUACACCACGCCAGCAACUAACGCGCGCUCAACCCUAUACACGUCGGACAUAGCAAAGCUGGUCAACGCGCCAGUUGUCCACGUCAAUGGCGACUAUCCCGAGGAGGUUGCCCGGGCCGUGUCCAUUGCCUUUGAAUAUCGCAAGAAGUUCCGUAAGGACGUCAUUAUUGACUUGAUCACAUUUAGGCGCUGGGGCCAUAACGAACUCGAUGAGCCGUCGUUUACACAACCGCACAUGUACAACAUUAUCCGCGCCAGAGAGAGCGUUCCAAAGGUGUACGAGCGCAAGUUGGAAGACGAGUGCGUUGUGACCAAGGAGAGCGCGCAGGAGACCCGCGCGCAGUUUACAAAGUUCCUCGAAGACGAACUGGCCGCCAGCAAGGACUACCAGCCAGAGGCAGAUCACCUGAAGGGCAAGUGGUCCGGUCUGGUCAUGCCCACCGAGGCCGUGUCUACCAUUGACACUGGCGUGGACAUUGACACUCUGCGCGAGGUGGGUGAGAAGUCGGUCUCGGUCGAUAGCGCCCUAAAGGUGCACCCACGGCUGGCUAAGCACCACAUCCAGCUGCGACUGAAACGGCUUGCCGAGGGGCAGUCAGUAGACUGGGCAACCGCCGAGGCCCUGGCAUUUGGGACAUUGCUCAAGGAAGGAUUCAACAUUCGCCUCUGCGGACAAGAUGUAGGCCGCGGCACCUUCAGCCAGCGCCACGCGAUGUUUGUGUGCCAGGAUACUGAGAAUGUCUAUGUUCCGCUCAACAAUAUCGGCGAGUCGCAGGGCAAGCUUGAGGUGGCUAACUCGAAUCUCAGCGAGCUCGCAGUGCUAGGAUUUGAGUACGGCGUGUCUAUUCAGAGCCCGACUAUUUUGCCCAUCUGGGAGGCCCAGUUUGGCGACUUUAACAACACUGCGCAAGUGAUUAUUGACACAUACAUCUCCAGUGGUGAAACCAAGUGGCUGCGCCAGUCCGGCCUGGUCAUGCUUCUCCCGCAUGGCUACGAUGGAGCUGGCCCUGAGCACUCGUCCUCGCGCAUUGAGCGUUUCUUGCAAAUUCCCGACUACUCCGGCCCAGAUUUUCCACUUGCUGCGCCGCCAGAUGAAGCGCAACUUCCGCAAGCCGCUGGUGGUUGCCGGCCCAAGACCCUGCUGCGUCUGUCUUUGGCGACCUCCACGCUGGAUGAAAUGGCACCCGGCACAUCCUUCCAACCAAUUAUCUCGGACACGCUCGCCAGCAGUCCCGAGCUGGUACAACGUGUAGUGUUUGUUUCUGGCAAGCUUUAUUACGAUCUGGCCAAGACGUACCAGGAGAACUCUGCGCGGAUUGGUAGCAAGAUUGCAAUUGUGCGGCUCGAGGAGAUAUGCCCGUUCCCACGCCAAGAGCUGCUCAACGAGAUGCGUAGCUUCACCAAUGCCACAGAGUUUACGUGGUGCCAGGAGGAGACCAUGAACGCCGGUACUUAUUCAUUUGUUCAGCCACGACUUCAGUCAAUUCUUCCCAAGGGACAAGUGCUCAGGUAUAUUGGUAGAGGGCCUCUUGCUGCUCCUGUCACUGGUAUAUCGCGCGUUUACAAGGCCGAGCAGGCACAGAUUGUCAAGGAUGCACUGGCGGAUCUCUGA